AUGAAUACUUUAGCAGAACUUCUACUGGUAGAGUUUAUACUGGCAGAACUUCUACUGGUAGAGUUUAUACUGGCAGAACUUCUACUGGUAGAGUUUAUACUGGCAGAACUUCUACUGUUUCCCUCAAAAUUGAAAACUUUAGCAGAACUUCUACUGGUAGAGUUUAUACUGGCAGAACUUCUACUGGUAGAGUUUAUACUGGCAGAACUUCUACUGGUAGAGUUUAUACUGGCAGAACUUCUACUGGUAGAGUUUAUACUGGCAGAACUUCUACUGUUUCCCUCAAAAUUGAAAACUUUAGCAGAACUUCUACUGGUAGAGUUUAUACUGGCAGAACUUCUACUGGUAGAGUUUAUACUGGCAGAACUUCUACUGGCAGAACUUCUACUGGUAGAGUUUAUACUGGCAGAACUUCUACUGGUAGAGUUUAUACUGGCAGAAUUUCUACUGGUUAUAUAUGGUGUCAAUUUUUUAAAAAAAUUUGAAUUCAAUGAGUUAUAUCAAAAAUAA